AAUCAAACAUUUUAGUGCGUUUUCAAAUUACUAGUGUCUCUCUCUCAGUCAUUGUUUGCUGGCGGCCGACAAUGUUUAAUGCAACUGCUCAAAAUUGGUUUGGCAUGGGCCAACCGGUUGCUCCACCACCAGCAACUGGCGGCAACGCAUCCCAGUUGCUUAACAAUAAUAAUGGCCUGCAGUCGCAAUCCUUUAUACGUCAACGCACGUUGAACAGCUCUAAUCCGGCGCUGGAGCGCACCACUCUGGCACUGCGUCCCCAAUCUCCGCCCAAUGUUCAAGUGGAAUAUGAAGUGGCCGUGCCCUUUAUGUCUGGCUAUAGACACACGCCAUAUCAUUCGCUAUGGGAUCUACAUCAGUGCUCAUCAACGCCACCCACAAACUUAUCGCAUAUGGCGCGCAUGAUGGACUCGCUGAUAUUGGACUCACUGUCACCGUUUGCCUUCACCAAAAUCACAGCCACCAGUCGUCCAGCGCGCAACACCAAUGCUGUGAAGAAACCAUCAGCUGAGAGCGUGCAUCAGAAUCAACAGCAUCCACAUAUCGCCGCCGCGAAUCCACAUCCGCAUCGUCCCGUUAAUAAUCUGGGAGCAAAUGCACCCAAUGGCCUGGGCAUCGGUGGAGCGCUGCCGUUGCGCAGCAAACAGCGUCUGCCCACACAAGUCUUCGAUGCAGAGGUAGCCCCCCAGCCACGUUCCAGCCAGCCAGCAAUGCCAUUUCCCUCGCAACAACAGCAGGACAGUCGCUGGGUCUCCUCACUGCGACGUCGCGACCCGGAGCUGCAACCGACACUGCCCUCCAUCAACAGCAACCUGAAUAGCAACAGUCUGAGCCAGAGUCAUCAUGGUAGCGCCGGCAACGUGGGAAUGGCGACGAACAGCACGGCUAGCGUUGGCCUGCGCCUGGGUCGACCUGGUAGAGCCUCUGCGCUGACGACAGCCGUGCGCAAGAGUCGCUCUGUGGAACGUUUGCGAGCCCGAAAGCUGAGCACCAGCACACAGCUAACCCUCAAGCAAAGGGCUGUGAAGAAGAACUCACUGGAUGAGAACUCGAACUCAGAUGAUCAGGAUGCGACCACUUCGCUGGAGGAUAACUCGCACACACAGUCAACCACGCACAACACACCCAGAUGUUCGCCCAAAACAAAGGUCAAGCAUUUCUCGCCCUUGGGUUAUGAGGGACACCUGGUCGAUACCCUGGAGAAGGACAUACUGCAGCGUCAUCCGUGCAUCAAAUGGACCGAUGUAGCUGGCCUCAAUGAGGCCAAAACCAUAUUACAGGAAGCUGUUGUGCUGCCGAUUAUAAUGCCUGAAUUCUUCAAAGGCAUUCGUCGACCGUGGCGCGGUGUUUUAAUGGUGGGUCCGCCGGGCACGGGCAAAACUAUGCUGGCCAAAGCCGUGGCCACGGAAUGCGGCACCACGUUCUUCAAUGUAUCCUCAUCCACACUGACAUCCAAGUACCGUGGCGAAAGCGAGAAACUGGUGCGUCUGCUUUUCGAGAUGGCGCGCUUCUAUGCGCCGAGCACAAUAUUUAUUGAUGAAAUCGAUGCGCUGUGUGCCUCACGUGGCAGCGACUCGGAGCAUGAGGCUAGCCGGCGCUUCAAGGCGGAACUGCUUAUUCAAAUGGAUGGCCUGAAUGCGAGCUUGCAGGACGAAAAGGUCAUCAUGGUGCUGGCGGCCACAAAUCAUCCCUGGGACAUAGAUGAGGCUUUCCGCCGGCGCUUCGAGAAACGCAUCUACAUACCGCUGCCCAAUGAUGAAACACGCUCAGCGCUGCUUGAGUUAUGUCUCAAGGAUGUAUCGCUGUCGUCUGAUCUCAACACGCGCAUGAUUGGCGAUGAGCUGCAGGGCUAUUCCGGCUCGGACAUCAGCAAUGUGUGCCGCGAUGCCUCCAUGAUGGCCAUGCGGCGCCUUAUUUCUGGUCGCACGCCGCAGCAAAUUAAGCAAAUACGUCGCGAGGAUGCUGAUCAACCCAUCACACUGCAGGACUUUCUGGAUGCACAGCAGCGCACCAAGAAGUCCGUCUCCGCUGACGAUGUGGCACGUUUCGAAAAGUGGAUGGAGGAAUAUGGCUCCUGCUAGUUGUACGAAUUAUGUGCUGGUGCAGCACAAUCAGAUCUUUAAAGUCCCUCAAUAUUUACACCCCAUACUUAUGUACUUCCAAUAUGCAAUCCUUUUUUUAAAUAUUGUAAAAACAAUAUAUAUUUAUAUAUAUAUGUGUAUCGAUAUAUUUAUAGCUAUAAAACAAGAAAUAUGUUUUCUAAAUGUUAAAUUGCUCAAAACCCCACACGCCUCAAAUUUUACUCCUCAAACACCCAUAAAUGCAUACAAGCACCACAAAUGUAGGUACUUUUUUAAUACAUAUUUAUUCGACGGGAUCCUAUUGUAGGCUUAUAGCAACAAAUUGUAUUUUGUAAUCAACAUAUUUAGAACGGAAAACGCGUAAUAAAUUAAUCAACACCCAAA